ACUAAGGGCCCUUGAGGUGAGGGAGAGUCAAGCCGCACCUACGCUCUCGAACGCGCGUCGGAGGGCAAGCCAAGAACGUUCGGCUGACAGCCCGGAAUUUGAGUCCUUUAAUCGCUCGGAAUCGCACAUGGCAACUUCACGAGCAGCUCGCGCUGCCGGUCGUCAGUCUCUUGCGAGGCGGACACGCGCACCGCAUGUGAAUCGAGAGGAUCUUCAAUCAGGCUGGUCUUCAUGAAUGUUCGGCGGCAAUGAGUACCUGCCUUGCUGGGAGGAGCCGCUUGUGCUGUUGCGGAGCGCAGGCCGAGAAUAUGGGCUUCGACGUCGCUCCGCUGCUGUACCUAGCUGGCGCUACAGACGGCGAGGCAAGGUCUUCUGGCAGGGUUCUAGCAGAAGAACUGAUUUUCGCGCCUUGAGGUCGAAGGGAAGCCCGACAGCCCGCGCGAGGACGUCAAUUGAGCGGAAGACCUCGAAGCCACCCGUGCGAGGCCGCGUCCAAGCAGCGCAGCAAUUCAUACAGAGCGCAGCCAUGUAGUAGAAUAUGAAGCCUUCGAGAGAGCCCCAGCAACAGACUUCGCGGG